AUGCCAAGAGCUAAAUCAUUUUCGCAUUGCGCCGUUUCAAGGUGUGAAACUGAAUAUGAUGGACGAAUUAGUUUCUUCAGAUUCCCCAAGGAGAACAGGGAAAGGUUCCUGGAGUGGUUAGACCAGUAGACCUAUGUGGAAGAUUAGACCUGAUUGACAAGGAUUGCAAUUUUUCAUAUACCAAAUUGACUGUGUGUGGAAAGUAUUUCA